GGAUGUUGCUGCUGAUCCGGAUCCGCCCAGCUCGGCGUCACGGCACCGACAAGAUGGCCGAGAUUACGGGUCGAAAGUGAGGGAGGAAACAAAAACAUCUGUGAGCUGCCCCGCCGUUGAAGACGCCAGAUUUUAAGCGGUGUUGAGGACUGGUCGGGACGGAGAUAAACGCUGGGUGCACCCCGGACUCCGGCUCUUGUUUUUGCCGGAUGUAAACACUGUGCGCUCCGCGGCGGCGCGCGCAAGGACCGUUUAUCGGGUCUUUUGGGAGCUAACCUGCUAACCAUGUUUGCUAGCUGACAGCAUCGUUACCGAGACGUUGUGCGAUCACAAAGUGAGACUUAGGCUUAUUCCAAUAUUAAUAGCUGUUCCUUCUAAAUAAGCUAUUGGAGAUCGGGUUAGUUAUAGCGGCUCAACUUUCUAAAGUGAUAAAUUGGAUUUAACGCUUAGCAAGUUGGUUAGCAUGCUCACAUUGCGGAUUUCUUGUUUGCAGCUUCACAGCUAGCAUCAGCGUUAGCAAACGUCAGUUAGCGUGCUCAGCUGUUUUUGCAGUCUUAGGGUUGUUCUGUGACUGUAAAGGUACUCCGGUGAGUGUUGGGAGGACGGCGGUGUCACUGUUUAACUGCAGCGGAAACUGUCCUCUUCAUAUUUGAAUAGCAAGGAGUCCUACAGGAUUAAUAGCGUUGAAAGCAUCACAGCCGGGGCGAUCUAAGCCCCUGCGUUACUGGACGAGGAGCAAACCCAGUCGGCAUCAUCAUGGCCCAUUCUCCCGUUCAGGGUAACCUGCCAGGGAUGCAGAAUGUCAGAGUGGACCCCGAGGAGCUGUUUACCAAGCUGGAGCGCAUUGGCAAAGGUUCUUUCGGCGAGGUGUUCAAAGGCAUCGACAAUCGUACACAAAAGGUGGUGGCCAUUAAGAUCAUAGACUUGGAGGAAGCAGAGGAUGAGAUUGAAGACAUCCAGCAGGAGAUCACUGUGCUGAGCCAGUGCGACAGUCCUUUUGUUACCAAGUAUUAUGGCUCAUACUUGAAGGACACAAAGCUAUGGAUCAUUAUGGAGUAUUUAGGUGGGGGCUCUGCCUUAGAUUUGAUGGAGCCCGGCCCUUUAGAUGAGACUCAGAUUGCCACAAUCCUCCGAGAGAUCCUAAAGGGUCUGGAGUACUUGCACUCAGAGAAGAAGAUCCACAGAGAUAUUAAAGCUGCCAAUGUGCUGCUGUCUGAGCAAGGAGAGGUAAAGCUGGCUGACUUCGGAGUGGCUGGCCAGCUGACAGACACUCAGAUCAAAAGGAACACCUUUGUCGGGACGCCCUUUUGGAUGGCCCCGGAGGUGAUCAAACAGUCCGCUUAUGACUCUAAGGCCGACAUCUGGUCACUUGGAAUCACCGCUAUCGAGCUGGCAAAAGGCGAGCCGCCCCACUCAGACCUCCAUCCCAUGAAGGUCUUAUUCCUCAUUCCAAAGAACAACCCGCCCACACUCGAGGGCAACUACUGCAAACCUCUCAAGGAGUUUAUUGAGGCCUGCCUCAACAAAGAGCCCAGUUUUAGGCCGACUGCCAAAGAACUGCUGAAGCAUAAAUUGAUUGUCCGCUAUGCGAAAAAGACGUCAUACCUGACCGAGCUAGUGGACAAGUACAAGAGAUGGAAGGCUGAGCAGUCUAGAACUACAGAGUCCAGUUCAGAUGAGUCUGACUCAGAACACGAUGGCCAGGCGUCGGGUGGGAAUGACUUUGGCAGUGAUGAUUGGAUCUUCACCAUUCGAGAGAAGGAUCCCAAGAAACUGCAGAACGGAGAGGGACAGUCAGGGGUGACGGACCAGACAAAAGACAUUCCAAGGAGGCCUUAUUCACAGAGCCUGACCACGGUCAUUUCUCCCGCAUUAGCAGAGCUGAAGGCGCGGCAGGAGCAGGUGAAUGGGAACCCCCUGGUCCUGGACGAGCUGAGAGAGGCCAUCCUGCUGGCUGAAGAGGCCUACCCUGGCAUCUCUGAUUCUCUUGUGGCUCACAUGGUGCAAAGGCUUCAGAGUUUCUCCACAAGCAGAAGAUCAUCUUCCUCCCCGUAGAGGUUGUCUCUCUACCCCAAACCUGCUCUCCCAGGUCCCCACAUCCCAUCAACACCCUUGCCACGUCAGAGGGUUGAACGUUGAGGGUCAAGUCAUUCAAUACCAGCUGGCUGCAUUUGACCUCCAUGUGAGGGGCGCUAACUUAGCCUGUUAUUUAAAAAAAACAAACAAAAAAGAGACUGAACUCCAAAGCGGAGAACAGAGACACUUUGCAGAGCUUCUUUAUCCAUUAACGUGAGAAGAUGUUUGGAAGCUGGGAUGGUGCAGCAAGAAGAAAAAGACUCAUAAUAAAAGCGACCAGCUGCAAAAAACAGCAACAGCCAAGUCUGUCCCUGGGCUUUGCACAUGUGAUGCUCCUCAUGCCUCACACAACAGCGUCUCUGCAUGGAUUUUGCUGGAUGAGGAGCCAAAAGUCUCCCUUGACUCCCUAAGAUGACUUUAGUCCCUCCCCAUUCUCUUAAUGCAGACAUCAUAUCCCCAAAACCUAUGAGAGCACGCUUGAUGAACCUGCAGGGAUGUUAUCCAAGUGUACAAGCUGUGUGUGUGUAUGUGCGCGCGCAUAUGUAUGUGUGUGUGUGUGUUGCGUCUAGUGUGUAAAACUCCCUGUUUAGGCAAAUUGCAGCAUUCUUAAAGAAACCUCAGGUAAAGUGCUUUAAGUGGACUUUGUCCUCCAAGGCAGGAGGGGGCGCCAUGCUGUACAUGAUUACAAGUUAUCAUUGCAGUAAAUCACUGUGUACAAAAUGAUUAACGCGCAUUUUGUAGAUACUGAUUAAAGAUAAAGUAGGUAUUUAAACAUCUCAAAGGUUACUCCGACAGAAAAUGCCUUGCCUUUUUCAGCUUUCUAGCAUUUGUCGCAGAUUUAGUUGGUUUUGUUUCACUCAUCUGUGAGAAUUGUCAGUGUUUACUUUUCCAGUGAAUGAGUUCCAGUGUUUCAUUUCAACUUCCUGCAGAAUCAUUAAGUUAACUUUGUUUAGAAGACACAGCCAAACUGCUACCUGUAUUCAUGUUUUUCAUAAGCUGAACAACUUUACUACAAGAAUAAAGGUAGUGGACAGUUACAAGAAGGAACCACAUUAAACCGAUAUCAUUUAAAGUAUUUUAUUAUUAUAUAUUUUUUUUUUGGUUUAGCAGUAUUUAGAAACUAAGGUGGAAAAGAGGAAAAAGUGGCAAAGAAAACAGGCAUGUGGUGGCUUUGGAUCAUUAUGGUUUGAUGACCUUUAGUAAAGAUACGGUUUUGCUGUAUUUGAACAAAAAUGAUAGGAAAGUUAUUCCUAUUGUAACGUUAUCUAUAACAUUUGGGGCUUUCUUUUGUUUGUUUUUGAUACAUCAGUGUAAGCAAAAUUAUAUAGUAUAAUCCAGCUAGCUGGCCCACAGUGCAGCAACAAGUGGGGGCGGGGCAUUCCUGCCCUAUACUGUCAGAGAAAACGCCAGAUGCUCUAGAGCUUUGUCUUAACUUUUAUUAAAGGACUUUUUACAACCAAGAAAACACUAUGAUUUAGCAGCUUGGAAAACAUAACUUUUUACAACCGUGGUUCCGGUAGCCGGCCCAUAUCUAACCACAGAGUUAAAUCGCAUCAUUUAUUCUGGCCAGAUCAGAUCAAGCCAACUGCAGAGUUCAACACCAUCCUUGUCAGCUUCACCUCCUGCUACAGAAGUGCCAUGCCCUCUCACGCUUUCACCAGUAGUAUGAUUUGCACCUUUCUUUUCCUUUUUUUUUUUUUUGUUCUAAUUUUCAGAUCCGUUUUGUGCACUUUGAAAGUGUCGCGUAUUUAAAGACUCCUGUAAGAGGAAGAAAAAUAGAAACAAAACCAGUUGCUAAUAGCCAUGUUUUACUAUAUAUGUUUACUUAAGAGUUCCAGAAUUUACUACUGUGCUGUUGCAGCAAUAAUGUUGAGGAGUCGCAUCAAGAUGCACUUGUCAAAACAGGGAUUGAGAAAAAUUAAGAAAUAUCUGAUAUUUUUAUAACGGCAAAGAGUUAAUUAAGUAUGGAAAUACAGAAUGCUUUAUGGAUAUGGGCAUCUGCCUCUGGCAAAAAAUAUCUAUACCUUUCAGAAAAAAAACAUUCUACAGAAAUAACAAAAUGUGUACAUUUGAUUUCCUUUAUUUUAGCUGAUUUAUUAGUACUGUAUAUAAUCUUUGCUUGUGUCAUUUGAAAAUUCCCAAGUUAAUUGUAAGCUUUUAAAGUGACAUGAGAAAUAAAGAUCUAAUGCUAACUGAGAA